UUUUUCAACUGUUUUUACGCACGAAGUGCAACUUGCAGGAGCAGCUUGUAUAUUAGAGAAGGAAGGCAGUGUAAAACAACAGAAGAAGAAUGUGGGUCCAAAAAAUGUCAUUACGUGGUACGAUAGGGGAAUUUCGCACACUACAAUGAACUCACAGACGAGGAAUCUGCAUUUUAUGAGUGUUUAAGAAACCUGAAGCACCAGUUUUUUCGUGCGUUACAUCAAAUUGCACCCAGAAUUACUAAAAGGAAUAUAGUUAGUUGCCAGAUAAGUGCAAAUUGUUGUGCAAUAGUCGUGUCUCCCACAAUACCUUUCCCUUCAAGAUCUAUAGGUUUCUCUUAAGUCUUGUAUUUCGCUUUUAAUAGUUCAAGUGCCUUAUUUGCGCUGGGGUUAGUUAGCGUGACCACAUAAAUGUUGACCACUGAUUCUGGCAAAUCCAGAGAGCUUUUGCCACAAACAUAUAUUUUAACAAACAGCUAUAAUACAUUGCUUCAUGUAUACUUAACAAAGAAACAUUAGGCUACUGUUGCAGUGCCUGAAAGUUUCAGCCCAUUUCUUUCUGAAACAUCACAAAUACCUGACAAUAAACAAACGAAUUCCACUGAAUAAUCAAUCUGAUUCUACCCACAGUACGUUAUUCACUUCAAGUGUCAGCCUUAUGGCAGUCCAUCUCAUUGUAAAAUAUUAACUGCACACUAUGUAUGAAAAUGAGCUUUAUAAAAGUAGUAGAAAACAAGUAAUUUAGCACGCUCAUGUCAUACAACUCAGAUGGGUGAUUCGUUGCUUCAAUUACUGUUUUGUCAUAUUUUAUUAUAAAAUUAUAACUUUUAACAAAAGGAAUAACGAGACAAUUUAUAAUAAAUAACAGACAGCUGAUAUCAACCAAGAAAAUCACAGUGAAACGAAACAUAGGGAUGUGCAAAUGACCAUGUAACAGGUGGAAAUAGCUUUAGUGUCAUGUGAUUAACAGUGAACACAAGACGUUAGCCAUCAAAAGUUUCUUCCCAAGAUACCUCGAUGGUGGCGUGACAGGCCGGCAAGUGUGGAUGUUGUCAUUUGAAAUGCAUUUCAGAAUGUUUUGAUGGGAUGGGACGCGACAGACUGUGUGGACUCGUGAUGUUGAUAAAGAAAUGAGCUGAAACCUCCAGGCAUGGCAACAGUAGCAUAAUACUUUUUUUGUGAUGUAUAUGUCAAGAGAUGUAUUAGAGUUGUUUAUUUAAAUAAGUGUUUGUGGUAGGCUUAUUUACUGCUCUGUGGUUUGUGCGUGAAGCAGCAUCGGUGGUCAAUAUUUAUGUGGUUUCAUUGGCCAGUUCCAUUAGAAAAAGGUACUUUAACAAUUAAAAGCCAAAUGCAAGACGAAAAAACCUAUAAAUCUUGAAUGGAAAGGUAUUUUGGGAGACAUGACUAUUGCACAAAGCUGCACAACUUAACCUCACACAAAUCUACUUUUCAAGGGGUGAUGGCCGCUAAUAACCCUGUGUUCUAUACAGUAAUUUUGGGUGCUAUUUAAUGGUGCUUAGACUCCCUAAAAUAUGUAUAACAUACAGAUUUCUCUUCUAUGAGCUCCUUGUAUAAUAUGUGAGAUCUCUUUUCUCCACAUACUGACAUUAUUUUGGACCCACAUCCUUUUUGUGUUGUUCUGCAACUCUAUCUUCCUUCUCUAAUGAUAAGCUCUAACUGCAAGCUGCAUUUCACAUGUAAAAACAGUUGAAAAGCAUCUUGUGAAGAUCGCUAUCAAAAUAACAGAUUAGGGCGGCCACGUGAGUUGAGAUCACGUGACUUGAAGCUCUGUGCUAUGUGACAGACGGUGUGAAUACACAUUGAUGAGAUGGUGCUGUGAUGGCUAGUGUAAACUUGCCUUUAUUUAAUGUCCAUGUGAAUAGUGGUUCUUAAAAAAUUGCCAGUUUUCUCAACAGUGUAACUCAAAGAGUAGGUUUUGUAAGCCCAUAUAAUGCAUACCAUCUUUUAAGACAUCUGUUGGGAACAUUUUAAUGAAUGAACCAUAGCUUUAGCUAUCAAACUUCUUUUAAAAAUUAUGAUUGAAAAUAUGGUGGUACAAAAAUUUAAAAAUUUUGGAAAUGACUUCAGGUACUUUCAAAGUUCCACUAGUACAACCAUGACAGUACUUCAUAAUACAUUUUACAUCAGUGCCUUUACCAUUGUCCAAGGAGGUGGCUAUCAGUACAUCGUUUGGGGAACUAUGGCCUCUUCGUUGCCAGGAUGCAUCCAGGGCUGCAGACAGACAGGGUUGACGUUUAUCAUGGGAAGACAGGAGUUGCAUCAGACAAGCAGCACCGACAAGUAUUGCCGUAAGUGCCACAGAUGCUGUAGGAGAGGACACGGAGUAAUCAAAUGCUACUCUUUGCUGUAUUAGUGAAUGUGAUUGUUGUAAAUAAAUAAAUAAAAAAAAUUGUCUA